UGGCGUUUUGCAGCACUACAUUUGCGCCACAAAAACAAAAAUCCGAAAGCGGUGCAAGUAGAUUUGUAAAUCCCUAUUUAGCCAACGCAAACAAACAGAAUGUCGAAGGACGAGAAGGACAAGACGCAGAUAAUCGACAAGGACCUGGAUCUGUCCAACGCCGGACGCGGCGUGUGGCUGGUGAAGGUGCCGAAAUACAUUGCCCAGAAAUGGGAAAAGGCCCCCACGAACAUGGACGUGGGCAAGCUGCGAAUCAACAAGACGCCCGGCCAGAAGGCCCAAGUCUCGCUCUCCCUCACUCCGGCCGUCCUGGCUCUCGAUCCGGAUGAGAAGAUACCCACGGAGCACGUCCUGGACGUGUCGCAGGUGACCAAGCAAACGCUCGGGGUAUUCUCGCACAUGGCCCCCUCCGAAGGCAAGGAGAGCUCGGCGAACCCGGCUGCGCAGCCAGACAACGAGAAGCUCUACAUGGAGGGCCGGAUCGUCCAGAAGCUGGAGUGCCGGCCCAUCGCCGACACUUGCUACAUGAAGCUGAAGCUGGAGUCCAUCCGCAAGGCGUCGGAGCCCCAGCGGCGGGUGCAGCCCAUCGACAAGAUCGUCCAGAACUUCAAGCCCGUCAAGGAUCACGCACACAAUAUCGAGUAUCGGGAGCGCAAGAAGGCCGAGGGCAAAAAGGCGCGCGACGACAAGAAUGCCGUGAUGGACAUGCUCUUCCACGCCUUCGAGAAACAUCAGUACUAUAACAUCAAGGAUCUGGUCAAGAUCACCAACCAGCCCAUCAGCUAUCUGAAGGAGAUUCUCAAGGAUGUCUGCGAUUACAACAUGAAGAAUCCUCACAAAAACAUGUGGGAGCUCAAAAAGGAGUACCGCCACUACAAGACUGAGGAGAAAAAGGAGGAGGAGCACAAGUCGGGCAGCAGCGAUUCGGAAUAGCAUUAAGCAGAGCCUCCGACUUACCAUGAUUAAAACAUAUUUAAGUGAUUGCA